AUGGCUGUUAGUCAAAUGAAUGUUGCUGACGAUGAUAUGAAAAACAUUCUUGUGACCACAUGUGAUGCUGAUUCAAAAUUUCCAAGAGAUUAUAUUGCAGCAUUGACUUGGAAAUAUCUAAAAGAGAAUCAACCGGCAUUAACUACAAUCUAUCAAUCACCUUUGUUUUACAAUUGGAAAUUGGAUAGCUUAUCAUUUGUCACUCGUGUCACGGGACUUUUGCGAAGUUUAUUGAUGCUCGGCGCCCUCAUUCCAUUUAACAUCAAUACGAUGAGUAUUUUUUCGUAUUCACUCAGUCUAGCAAAAAAAGGCAAUUUUAUUCAUCCAGGAUAUCAAAUGGACGACAUAAUUUGUCUCAUUCGAUGGAUGGGUGUAACGCAGCAACGUCUUCGAAUUUCAAUGAUUCCUGUACCAGUCGUUAGCGGGCCAACAUCAGGUGAAACCAUGGAAAUCGAAAUCAUGGAAUGGGCAAGACAAGCACGUCGUUGGACGAUCGGAGCUGCAGAAGUCUUUCAUUAUUUUAUUAUCAAAGCGAAUCGUAUGCCGAAAAUGGCGGCCUUCUCUUGGGGUCUCGUUUUCAUCAUUUACUAUGGAGUUUUGCUCUGUACAGCUGGUUUGUAUGGUUUAACAUCUAUGCUAUCCAUGAUUCUAAUCGUCAAGCAUGUUCCACCGAUGAUUGUAUAUCUCAUGUAUGGCUUUUUAGGUCUACAAAUGCUAACAUUUUUGGUUGCAUUUAUUAUUGAUGCACUUAUUGUUCAAUUAAUGCAUAUUUCUCAAUGUAUUUAUAUUCGCAAUGCAUUUCAUUUUAUAUUAACACCGUUUGUACUGUUAGGUUAUUCACUGGUGGAAUUGUACGCAUUACAUGAAGUGAUUGUAUUUGGCAAGAAAGUCUGUAAACAUGGAGCAUCAAAAAAGAGCGCGUUAAAAUAA